UCGCAGAUUUUGACACAUCUAUCAUUGUAUCUAUCAUUGUAAACGUUUAACCGGAGAACGAAGCUGGCGAAAAGUACAGUAUUUUUUUUAUUUUUCUGGAAAAGUAUGCAAAAAACAAAGAGGUUUACUAAAGGAAAGUGAAUCAAGAAGCUGCCAUUUAUCGAAUUAUUUUGGAAUUUUUCCCCCAAUUCCAACGAAUCAGCUUGACCCGUUCCACAAACAGAAGCAACAACGGCACCGCAAACAAAAUGCCAAAGUAUUAUUGUGAUUAUUGCGACACAUAUUUGACACACGACUCGCCGAGUGUGCGGAAAACACAUUGCAUUGGUCGCAAACACAGAGACAAUGUCAAGUUUUACUAUCAAAAAUGGAUGGAAGAACAGGCACAGCAUUUGAUUGAUGCCACCACUGCGGCAUUCAAAGCCGGCAAAAUCGCACAGAAUCCAUUCUCAAAUCCACCUCCAAAUAUGACGGCCGUUCCACCGCCCACUGGAUUUGGACCACCACGAAUGAUGCCACCACCAGGUAUGCCACCAAUGGGAAUGCCGCCUGGUAUGAUGCCACCCGGAAUGCGCCCAGGUCAAAUGCCUGGUGGGAUGCAAGGCGGACCAAUGCGUAUGCCACCGCUCACUGCUAUGCGUCCACCUAUGAUGGCUCCACCACCACAGCUCAGUCAGUCUGCUCCGGGAGACGAUUAGGACGCGACGAAAUUGACAUAAUUUAGGGUUUAAAUUGCGCAGAUUCCAUUCGGUGUGAAUUGCCGACUGAAUAUAAUUUCGAUUAUUUUUAAUGUAAUGUCUCUUAUUUGAUUACUAUGAUGAAAUGGAAAUAAUAAAUAUAUUUGAAACUAAGCAAUUGUUCGUUUCAUAAUAAAACUUUUA